AUGGAGAAAAUUGCAAGAAGCACAACUAUCCCAUGGUGGGAUGCUGAGAUGAAAAAUAUGAGACAGCUGAGCCAAGCUACAUUUGAUUGGGUGGCAACCUUAGAUCCAUUACAAUGGUAUAGAGCUCACUUUAAAACUCAUUCCAAGUGUGACAUCCUUUUGAAUAAUAUGUGUGAGGCUUUUAAUGGUGCUCUUGUAGAAGUCCGAGACAAACCCAUUUUAACCACGCUAGAGAGGAUUAGAUACUAUAUUAUGUUGUUGAUGGCAACUAGAAGAGCAGCUUGUGAGAGAUGGAAACAUGACAUUGGUCCAAGGAUUUUUGGGAUUUUGGAGAAAACGAAGAAAGAAUCAGCUUGA